GGAAACGCAUUGCUGCCAUCAAAAAGCAAAAAAAAAAAUUACGUGAUAAAUAAUUUUCAGUCAUUUAUACGAACAAGAUACGUCACAUGGUGCUGUUGUUGCACAUAAAAGCUCAUCGUAUAACCUUUCACUGUGGUGGUCGUGAGGGUGUCCAGCGCCCCCAGACUUUCUACAAAGUUAACUUUCGACCGGGUUGAGCCGGGAUGACAUGCUAAUGAAACAGCUCGUGUGAGAAGAGUCACUAUAAGCAUAAAGGACACUCAGAUCCCUCACCAAGACUCUGCUGCGAUUGCGAGGAAGGCCGUGCUUGCUGAAGACCGGUGUGAGAGACGGGCCGAACAAAGGCAAGAGCUUCUACCUCUGCAGUUCACAAGGAGGGGCCGCCUGCGACUUCACUAAACCCGCCCAUAUCCCUCCGUCUCACUGCCUGCAUCAUGAAGACUCCUGGGUCGAGCUGCAGGCUCUCGUGAAGCAUGAAGGAAGGCCGGGCUACAGGGAAGGCUGAAGGGAAGAAAUGGUGUGGGAAUAUUCCAUGGCAGCAGGCGAAGCGGGAAGGGAAGAGCCCCCCGUUAAAUGGAGAAUGCCAGCGGAGCAAGGACCCUGCGGAGAGAAACCCGUUCAGGGUGACGAGCGAGCCUGCGAGGUCUUCCGACUGGAAGGCGCUCCACGAAGGCGGGGAUGAGCGAGCGGGGCUGGGAGGAGCGGAGGGGGAGGGGAACCAGGCCGGGGCAGCCCCCCCUGCCCCCGAGUCCUGGAGGGAGAAGCGGUUUCCCGCAGGCGUGAAGCUGAAGCAGAGAUGGCCUGCAGACGGGCAGGCAGCGCAGGAGGGCCUGUCGAAGCAGGAUGGGUCUCGCCGUGUCCCCAGAGAAGAGCGCCUGCAGCCGGAGGGCAGCCGGGAGGGAUCGGGCAUCUGGAGCGGGCGCCCGGAGCAGCCCGAGAGCUCGGCGGCAGGCAGGGACCACAGCCAGCCUCCGGGCUCCGCGAGCAAGGAGCGCGAAUCGGAGCCGAUCCCAGAGAACGCCCGAGGGCCCGUCAGGAAGGACAAAGCUCUGAAGCAGGAGAGCAUCGGGGACGGCGAAAGGGAAGACGAAGGCUGUGCUUCGGGGGCAAAGGUCGCGACUUGCAGGGGGUCUCCAAAGCCCUCGCGAGCUGAGUCUCGGAAGGCGCAAGCACGUCCUCCGAGUGACCCACACCCCACACCCGGGCCGAUCGAGAAACGUCAUCCCUCCAUGGAGCGGACGGGGGAGCAGGCUGAGAGGACGGUGGACGAAGAUGUCUUGAUAGUGUCUGUGCAGCCUGGAAACAAGAAGACCUGUCCCGCGGCCCUUGUGCAGAAGACUCUAACGAGCUUCCACGGUUUCCUGCCCUUGUCUCAGUCGCGGCCCCCGGACCCGCAGGCGCUCCACAGCACGCUCUCUGCCCAGCUCAGACAGAAGAAGGUUACUUUGUCCUCUGUGAAUAUUUCUACACUCCCUGAUAAAGGUCAGAGGCUAAUAAGCCAGGUUAAGGAGUUAGAAGAUGCUCUGGAAUCGUUGAGCCUGUCUGUUGCUUCGGAUGAGGACAGUAACAAACGAGACGCCCGGGGAGGAGGAGAAGAGCGCUGUGUGCCGGCGCCCAGCCAGCAGGACCCAGUCGGCAGGCCCAGGGGCACCGUUCUGCUGCCUGCCCCUGCGCCCAGCGCCCUGGGAGCGGACUGCCACAGGUCUGGGGUGAACCCCCAGUACAAUCGCCUGUAUGGUAGCACGAUAUCAGACGCUAUAGACCAUCUGUACAAGUCUCUUGAGUCCUGUCCUGCUGCAGAAGCAGAAGCCGAGGAUCCGAAGGAGCUCAAGGUCCACCUGCUGCCUCAUCAGAAACAGGCCCUGGCUUGGCUUCUGUGGCGCGAGACUCAGAAACCUAGUGGAGGAAUUCUUGCGGAUGAUAUGGGCUUAGGGAAGACUCUGACGAUGAUAGCGCUCAUCCUGGCACAGAGGAAGAAGGAGAAGAAGGACAAAAAACCGGAAGGCUGGAUUUCCAAAAACGAUCCUUCCCCUGUGGUGUCCCAGGGAACUCUGAUCAUCUGUCCUGCUUCUCUCAUUCACCACUGGAAGAUGGAGGUUGAGAAGCACGUGAGGGGCUCGGCGCUGAGCGUCUAUCUGUACCACGGGCCCAACAGGCAGAGGAGCGCACGCAUACUAGCGGAGCAUGAUGUGGUGGUGACAACGUACAGCCUGGUGUCCAAGGAGAUCCCGUCAAUGAAGGACGGGGCAGGGGAGGAGCCUGCCACUCGGCCUCGGCCGCCCCUGCUGACCGUGACGUGGUCCCGCAUCGUUCUGGACGAGGCGCACAACGUCAAGAACCCGCGGGUGCAGACCUCCCUGGCCGUGUGCCAGCUGCGCGCGGGCUCGCGCUGGGCUGUGACCGGCACCCCCGUUCAGAACAACCUGCUGGACCUGUACUCGCUGCUGAAGUUUCUCAGGUGCUCCCCCUUUGAUGACUACAAGCUGUGGAAGGCACACGUGGACAAUGGCUCUAAGAGGGGAGGAGAGAGACUGAACAUCCUCACCAAAGCCCUUCUGCUGCGCAGGACCAAGGACCAGUUUGAUUCCACCGGAAAACCCCUGGUUUCUCUGCCUGAACGUUGCUGUCAUACUCACCGGUUAAAGCUGUCUGAAGAUGAACAGUCUGUUUAUAAUGUACUUUUUGCAAAGUCUGUAUCAACCCUGCAGUCUUACCUAAAGAGAUAUGAACGCCAGGAAACCAAGGAGGUGGAAAAUAAAAAUAAUCCCUUUGACAAAGUUGCACAGGAGUUUGUCGUGUGCCAGAGGGACGUGCUCGCUGGCGCCCCACAGCAGUCUCGGGCCCACGCCACCAGCACGGUGCACAUCCUGUCCCUGCUCCUGAGGCUGCGCCAGUGCUGCUGCCACCUCUCGCUGCUGAGGAAGACACUGGAUCGUGCAGAACUGCAGGAUGAAGGAAUAGCGCUUUCCCUGGAGGAGCAGCUCAAUGCCCUGUCCUUGUCGGAGCUGUCUGGUCCUGAUCCCAAAUCCACAGUCUCCCUGAAUGGAAAAAACUUCAGGUCCGACCUCUUCGACGAGACAAAGGAGAGCACAAAGAUUUCUGCAGUUCUCGCUGAACUGAAGGAAAUCGGACGAAAAUCAGAGGCUCAGAAAAGCGUGAUCGUCUCGCAGUGGACCACCAUGCUGCGGGUGGUGGCCGUUCACCUGGACCGGCUGGGCCUGCGCUAUGCCACCAUCGACGGCUCCGUCAGCCCCAGGCAGCGCAUGGAGCUGGUGGAGGAAUUCAACACGAACCCCAAAGGGCCGCAGGUGAUGCUGGUGUCUCUCUGCGCGGGGGGUGUUGGAAUAAACCUUACCGGAGGAAACCAUCUCUUCCUAAUCGACAUGCAUUGGAACCCCGCUCUGGAAGACCAGGCCUGCGAUCGUAUCUACAGAGUGGGCCAGCUGAGAAACGUCACAAUACACAGGUUUGUAUGUGACGGCACUGUAGAGGACAAGAUCUCCAGUCUUCAGGAGAAGAAGAAGGACCUGGCCAGGAAAGUGCUGUCGGGGUCAGGAGACUCCUUCACCAAGCUCACUCUGUCGGACCUCAAGAUCAUUUUCGGUGUUUAAGCUUUCAGUAGAGGAGCUCCAGAUAUUUAAAAACAUGUUCAAAUAGAAAUGUCCUGAUCUUAUGAAAUAAGAAUCCUCAAAGCUAUAAAAACUGUAUUCCUUUAUGUUCUUCAAAGCUGCUGCAAUAAAGAUAAUUAAAGUUA